AUGGGCGAGGGCGGGCUGCCCCCGGCCUUCCAGCUGCUGCUGCGUGCCUGUGAUCAGGGCGACACGGAGACGGCGCGGCGGCUGCUGGAGCCGGGGGCGGCGGAGCCGGCCGAGCGCGGCGCGGAGCCCGAGGCGGGCGCGGAGCCGGCGGGGGCAGAAGCGGCCGGGCCCGGGGCGGCGGCGGCGGCGGCGGCGGCCGGAGCGCCGGUGCCCGUGGACUGCUCGGACGAGGCGGGCAACACGGCGCUGCAGUUCGCCGCGGCCGGGGGCCACGAGCCGCUGGUGCGCUUCCUGCUGCGCCGCGGCGCCUCGGUCAACAGCCGCAACCACUACGGCUGGAGCGCGCUCAUGCAGGCGGCCAGAUUUGGGCACGUGAGUGUGGCUCACCUCCUUUUGGACCACGGUGCUGAUGUCAACGCCCAGAACCGGCUGGGGGCCAGCGUGCUCACUGUGGCCUCCCGGGGUGGCCAUCUGGGUGUGGUGAAGCUGCUCCUGGAAGCCGGUGCCUUUGUGGACAGCCCCCACCCCUCGGGCGAGCAGCCAGGGAUGGGGGACAGCAGGGACGAGCUGCUGGACAUCACGGCCCUGAUGGCGGCCAUCCAGCACGGACAUGAGGCCGUGGUGCGCCUGCUGAUGGAGUGGGGCGCAGACCCCAACCACGCGGCCCGGACCGUGGGCUGGAGCCCACUCAUGCUGGCGGCUCUGGUCGGGAGGCUCGGCGUGGCCCAGCAGCUGGUGGAGAAGGGAGCCAACCCCGACCACGUCGGUGUCCUGGAGAAGACUGCCUUCGAGGUCGCACUGGACCACAAGCACAGGGACCUCGCAGACUACCUGGACCCGCUGACCACCGUCAGACCCAAAACAGAUGAGGAGAAAACACGACCUGAUAUCUUCCACGCACUGAAAAUGGGAAACUUCCAGCUGGUCAAGGAGAUUGCCGACGAGGACCCUAACCACGUGAACCUGGUCAACGGGGACGGGGCGACGCCCCUGAUGCUGGCGGCCGUCACGGGGCAGCUGCCGCUGGUGCAGCUGCUGGUGGAGAGGCACGCCGACAUCGACAAGCAGGACAGCGUGCAUGGCUGGACGGCACUCAUGCAGGCCACCUACCACGGGAAUAAGGAAAUUGUCAAGUACCUGCUGAACCAAGGGGCGGAUGUCAGCCUCCGUGCGAAGAACGGGUACACGGCCUUCGACCUGGUGAUGCUGCUCAGCGAUCCCGACACGGAACUUGUUCGACUGCUGGCAUGUGUCUGCAUGCAGGUGACGAAGGACAAAGGCCGGCCCAGCCCCGCGCCUCCCCUGCCCCACCUGAGGGUCACGCAGCCCUGGAGCAUCCCCGCGCUGCCCGACGAGAAGGGCGGCCUGAAGUCCUGGUGGAACCGAAUGUCCAAUCGGUUCCGGAAGCUCAAACUGAUGCAGACGCUGCCCCGCGGGCUGUCCGGCCACCAGUCCUUGCCCUUCUCCGAUGAGCCCGAGCCAGCCCUGGAUUCCACGAUGAGGGCCGUCCCCCGGGACAAGCCAAGCCACCCUGGGCUCCCUGAUGGGGCCUCUGUCACCAAAGACAGUGGUCCCGGGAGCGCGCGAGGAGAAAAGGGAGACGCGUUCCUGGCCACCAUGCUUCGGAACGGAGCCCCCUUCACCCGGCUCCCGAGCGACAAGCUGAAGGCAGUCAUCCCCCCCUUCUUGCCCCCCUCCAGUUUUGAGCUGUGGAGCUCUGACCGGGCCAGGCCGGGUCACGACGGGAAGUCUGACCCCACGAAGACUACGCUGCCCCAGAGAGCCAGCAGGGGCCACCCCGCAGGCGGCAGGAGCGCAGACACUGCGCCCGGCCGGCCGGUGAAGUUUCCCAGUCUGUCCAGGAGCCCCACUUCUCCUGCCAGCUCCGGAAACUUCAGCCACUCUCCUCAUUCCUCCGGUGGCUCCAGCGGGGCCGGGGGCGCGAGCAGGCACGCAGGGGAGCUGCACAGCCGCUCAGGUGGCAGCGUGGACAGCGUCUUGUCCCAGAUCGCCGCCCAACGGAAAAAAGCAGCCGGCUUAUCUGAGCAGAAGCCCAGCCAGCGGUCAAGUCCAGUGGGAGCAGCGCCUGGGGCCGGCCCCCCCGAGCUUCCCGCCUCCCCUGCAGGUGGAGGCGCUCCCAGCAGCAAGAAGUUGGAGACCAGCAAGAGGCCUCCGUCUGGAACCUCCACUACCUCCAAGAGCACCUCCCCCACCCUCACGCCCUCGCCCUCCCCAAAAGGGCACACGGCCGAGUCCUCCGUGUCCUCCUCCUCGUCCCACCGGCAGUCCAAGAGCAGCGGCGGCUCCAGCAGCGGGACUAUCACCGACGAGGAUGAGCUGACUGGAAUCCUUAAGAAAUUGUCACUAGAGAAAUAUCAGCCCAUUUUUGAGGAACAAGAGGUGGACAUGGAAGCCUUCCUCACGCUCACCGACGGCGACCUGAAGGAGCUGGGCAUCAAGACCGACGGGUCCAGGCAGCAGAUCUUGGCGGCCAUCUCCGAGCUGAACGCGGGCAAGGGACGCGAGAGGCAGAUCUUACAGGAAACCAUUCACAACUUCCACUCUUCCUUUGAGAGCAGCGCCAGCAACACCAGGGCCCCUGGCAACAGCCCCUGUACGUGACUCUUCCCUUGCGCCUCCUCCGCCUCCAGCGACAGCGCUGAACCCCGGUGCCUCCGCACACAGCCAGGGCCGCGGCCCGACUCCCUGACGCUCGCCACACUCUGCCACGCCGCUGUGCCUUAGUCCCGGUGUCCCUCUGCCUGGGACACCCUUCCUCCCGGGCCUGCUGCGUCCAGUUUUAAGCUCAUGGCCAUAACAGACUCCAGCACGUAGACUGAUCUCGCCCGUAGUGCCCCAGCAGGGUACGUGAUUUGGAACGCAGCUUCUUUGGUCACGUGCUCUGCCGUCCCAGGGAGCCUCUGGCAGGCGGAAAGGGAGAGUGGAGGAAACAGCCACCUCUUAAUGGCCUUGCCGUAGCCACAUCACUGCUGGUCAUGUUCCACUGGCCACCGGUCGUCACGUGGCCUCCCAUGGAUGCAGAAGAGGCUGGGAGAUGCCUCUGCAGGCAGUGGCUUCCCAGCCACAACUCUGAACCCCGACAGGAGGUACGGAUUUUGGCGGAAGGUCGUCCCUCCCCGCCACACCUUCCCCCAAGCGUCUGCCACAGUCCUCGUGAUCCAGGUCACCUGUGGAAGGUCUGCCUUGACUCCGUCACACAGAGCAGCCAUCACAGCUUGGUAUGCGGCCGCUCUGGCAUUUCACCGCUCCUGCCGCAUACAACAGGCGCAGGAUGUGUGUGUCAAAUGCAUUUUCCUGUGUUACAAAGUCAGCCCGUUGCGUGGGGGGCCCACAGUGUGAACCCCUUCUGUCUGGCUUUCGGCUUCCCCCCGGCAGGCUGGUGGGCUGGGACUGCCUGCUGCCCACCCUGUGUCACCGUGGGGCUUCCUGCCCUGCAGGUGGGAACAGAACCCUGAUAGGUCACCUUGCAAAAGGACUGGUGCUCAGAUGUUCCCGCCAGGGGUGUGAAGCAUUCGGGGUCUCUUCCACACCCCAGAACGUUCCUCAUUAGGGGACUGGCCCUAGAGGGGGGGCGUGCUCAAGUGCCUUUUCUAUCAUGUUUUAUUAUAGCAAGACUCUGACUUUCAAAGUCCCGUCGCUUUCUGUCGUGUUGUCCCGCGAGCGCUAUGUUCGGCCUAUGCUUGCUGUGUUUCUGAGUACAGAGAUGAGGCAGAGCCACGCCCCCUCCCUGAAGGCCUCGGUAGGCAGAAGACCCGUGAGCCAACCGGCCCAGCUGGGAGAGGCAGAGGGCAAGAGAGGGUCAGGAUCCCAGUCCAGCUCCCACCCAAGGCCGCCCCACUGGCCAGGGACAGCUUAGGCACAGCGUGGAGCCUUGGUCUGCAGCAGAUACCCAACAAAUGGUGCCUUCACAGAACUCUGACUGCCGUGAGCUGUGCGGGCCACGCGUGGGCUCCUUGGGAGACAAACUCUCAGCCGUCCCUGCCCUGGCCGCGGAAGCCCGUCCCCAGCUUCCUCCUUCUGCGCCGAGGCCGAGCAGGUGCCGCUCCUUCCUCACCCGCACCCUGGCUGCCUGCGGAAGACGACUGUGCAGGUGUUGGAAGAUAAAAUGUCAUCUUGUGAAACUUCUCAGGCCCCGUCCUUUAAGGAGUCACACUCCCGGAGCGCCUGCCCUGUGCCAGCAG